GGACUUCGGCGGCGUCGGCGACGGCGUGACGUCGAACACCGCGGCCUUCGCGGCGGCAGUGGCCAACCUCAGCCAGGUGGCGGGCGACGGCGGAGCGAUGCUGGUUGUCCCGGCGGGGAGGUGGCUCACCGGACCCUUCAACCUCACCAGCACCUUCACUCUCUUCCUCGAGCGCGACGCCGUCAUCCUCGCCACUCAGAAUUUGGACGAGUGGACUACCAUUGCACCACUGCCUUCUUAUGGCAGAGGAAGAGAUUUACCAGGACCAAGAUAUACCAACUUCAUCAUGGGAUAUAAUCUCACUGAUGUCGUCAUUACAGGGAACAAUGGAAGCAUCAACGGACAAGGCCAAGUAUGGUGGGAUAAGUUCCGCGGGGAAGAGCUCAAAUACACGAGAGGUUACCUGGUCGAGUUCAUGUUCUGCAGCUACGUCGUCGUCUCCAAUGUCGUUUUGAUCGACUCUCCCUCGUGGAAUCUUCAUCCUGUUUAUUGCGACCAUGUCGCCGUUGCAGGCAUCACAAUUCUUGCACCAAUCAGAUCUCCCAACACCGAUGGAAUCGAUCCAGAUUCCAGCGAAUACGUUUGGAUCGUGAACUCGAACGUCGUCUCCGGCGACGACUGCAUCGCCAUCAAGAGCGGGUGGGACCAGUACGGCAUCGCAUUCAACAAGCCGAGCCAGCAUAUCUACAUUUCCAACUUCUCCUGCGUCUCCCCUACCAGCGCCACCAUCGCGCUCGGCAGCGAGAUGUCCGGCGGGAUCUCCGACGUCCACGCGACCAACAUCGUCGCCGUCGACACCGAGUCGGCCUUGCGGCUCAAGACGGGGAUCGGGAGGGGCGGCUUCAUGAGGGACGUGAUUGUGGAGGGGAUGAGGCUGACCAACAUGAAGUACUUGCUGUGGAUGACGGCCAACUACGGGCAGCACCCCGACGAUAAGUUCGACCCGAACGCCAUUCCGGUGGUGAAAACGAUCAGCUUCAGUAAUGUCGUGGCGACGAACGUGUCGAUCGCCGGAAAGCUGGAGGGGCUGCCGCAGUCGCCGUUCACGAACCUCUUGGUGUCCGACGUGACGGCGGAGAUAUUCGUGAAUAAGAAGCCGGUUUGGAAUUGCACGUUCGUGGAGGGGAGAUCGUACAAUGUGACGCCCACGCCAUGCGCCGAGUUGCAACAUUAGUCAGAAA